CUGGACCACAGGACACCACGGCCGGACGGCUUUUCUCACUGGCUGCGCCGUCUGGGGACACAUCAAUACCGGUUACGGACUUGAAUCAAUGUUGUGCCACGUCGUGGGCGGCUUGAUAUGAUAUGGCCGGGGCCACCUGUGUGGGAGCGUCAGCAGAGACCCUGCUGCUCGCUGUGCGGUUGCGUCUUCACAAUGCCAAUAUUGCAAGCCGGCAUCCCUACCUGAGUCUAAGGGAGGGUCGGCAACGCAACGGCACAAUCAAAGUCAAUCCAUUGACUCCAUCCAGCCCACCCCGCGCCGUGACGGAUGGCCCGGCGGCAAAGCCGUUUGCCAUGUGCUUGUUGGGCGUUAUGUUUUGUUCAUCUUUUGCUCAUGUCUGAUUUCUGACAAUGUAGUCAAUUGC